GGUUAAGAACCCCUGAUCUAGAGAACGAAGAGCCAGUGACAGGCAGCGGACGGCUGACAGCAGAGACUCAUCUUCCUCUACUUCCCCUUCUUGUGUUUUGGCCUCCAGCAGAUGUCGUCUUGUUCCUAGUCUGAGUACAAAAUGCUGGCUGUGGUGAUGGAACAGGAGUAUCUGAUCUCAGAGCAUCUCCUCCUUUUAAGGAAACCAGACUUUGGAUGUAACAGGCGCUGAGAGAACAUGAUAUCCCAACGGUGGACUCAUCUCCAUGUCCUAUUGGUCUCAGUCCUGGUCCUGAUCCAGAUGCUAGUCCUUGGUCCUGUGUCAGCGGCCCGCUCUGACAGAAACAUGGUGUCAGAGGAGUAUGUGAGCGCCACCGUGAACACUACAGUGCUCGACGGGCGGGGAAUCAUUGUCCACAUGAAGAGCAGUGAUGAUGGGCUGUAUGGACAGAACUCACCAAAGGUGGACACGAGGGGUGUGGUUGUCACACCUGCUCCGCAUCAUGGAGUGAUGGACCGGCAAGGCUGUGACCCCAGCACUCGCUUCCUUGUUAGCCCUCGCACCAUUCACUGGGUGGCGCUGCUACAGAGAGGAAACUGCACUUUUAAAGAAAAAAUCCUGAAGGCAGCUGCCUACAACGCCACAGCUGUCCUCAUCUACAACAACUCCACUGACAAAACUGUUCGAAUGGGACAUGAAGGCACUGGGGACACAGUGGCAGUAAUGAUCACAGAGGCGUAUGGUAAAGAGAUUCUGGCUCACCUGGAGAGGAAUCUGACAGUUCUAGUGUCUGUAGUUGUGGGUCAACGUGGUCCCACCAAGAAUAUCAACCGAGGUUCGCUAGUCUUCGUCUCCAUCUCCUUCAUCGUUCUCAUGAUCAUCUCGUCAGCCUGGCUCAUCGUUUACUUCAUCCAGAAGAUCCGUUACAGCAGCUCUCGGGAUCGCAGCCAGCGUCGUCUUGGGGAUGCGGCGAAGAAAGCCAUUGGAAAACUGACAACAAGGACUGUGAAGAAAGGGGAUAAGGAAACUGAUCCAGACUUUAACCACUGUGCAGUGUGCAUUGAAGCCUACCAGCUGAAUGAUGUGGUUCGAAUUUUACCCUGCAAACAUGUCUUCCAUAAAGUGUGUGUGGACCCCUGGCUAAACGAGCACUGCACCUGUCCCAUGUGUAAGCUCAACAUCCUCAAAGCCCUCGGCAUCAUGACCAGUCUCCCCUGUGUGGACAGCGUUGUGCUGGAUGUGGAGCGCCUAGGCGUCAGUCAGGUAUCUGGCAACCAGAGGGCUCCACUAAGUGACAGCGCCCAACCAUCCAUCAGCCUAGAGCCACUCAGCCCUGCCCCUUCUGAUGCUACUCCCAGAACACCUGCUGACAUCACCCUCGUUGUGACCAGUGGUCACUUCUUCAACAGAAACUCUGUUUCAUCUUGUAAUGUGGUGUGUGAGAUGGAGCUACCUGACAUCCAGGCCUCACUUGAUCUUUACGAAGACAACAAGUCCUGAGACCUGUUAAUAUGAAUAUAUCCCCACCACAAGAUAAUCUGUUAUGGAUGCAGGAAGUCUGUUUCCUCCUAGAGUGGGGCUCUUGUAAUGUUUAUCUGGAGAUUUACUCAUUGAUUCAUUCAGACUUUUUGAAAUUGAACUUGUCGGCCAGAUCUGAGUCUGGACUGAGACAGACUCAAAGGUUUUUUUUAUAUAUAUAUUGCGAAUAACUGGACUCCAGAACUUCCUUUUGGCCAUGGAUCCAGGACAUAAAGCAGGCGAAGAUGAUGCUAUUGAAUUGAAAAAGUGCUUGGGAGUUCAUAGUUCCUAUAAAUGCUUUUUUUUCUGCAAACAACUUUUGGAUGAACUCCCUGUUAGCUUCCUGAUUUUGGAAAAUUACCCAUACCCUGUCAAGAUUCCUUGCCUCAUUAAAUGGUAUUAUAAAUUUAAUGGAUGCCUAAAAAGUUUCCAUAGUUCUCAAAAAGUCUCCCGAGUGCCUAAAAUUCAGUGAGGUUUUGUAAGGUUUUCUAAAGAACUUCUGGAUGUCUAAGUGUUUCUAGGUAACCGUUGAAGCUGCUAAAAAAUGCACUGGAUCCUAUAACAGCUGUUCUGUAAAACAUUUUGAAUGAACAUACUGAAAGGCAUCCUGGGAAUAUUCUGAGUGCUUAAAGGGCAUCUUAGCUCUGUAAAAACAUUAAUAGUUCUAAAAUUUUGGCACCUGAAAAUAUUUUAUGUUUGUGUCUUGCAUCUUGGCCGUUAAAAUGUAUUUUCAAGGUUCUCGGGUUCUAGAAAACACUUUGAAGAAAUUUCUCAAGGAAAGAGCCACUAUAUUCAAGGUAAACAUAAACAUUCUUUCCACCUAAAUGGACUUGACUUUAUUGGGACCAGAAGCACAGUGGAACCAUGGAACCUGAACCCAGAAAAGUUUUUUUUUCAUUGUAUUUUGAUGUUGGAGUCCAAUCAAGCCUCUGACUCGUCAUUGCUUGACUCUUGGAGGCCUGGGUAUAUAACAUUUUGUCUGUAAAUAUUGACUGAGCUAGAUGUUCAUGUUGAUCAUCACAUUAGAACCAACCCCAUACAGUAUGCUGUUGAAGGACCUGGACAUGGACCUUGGUGUUGUGAGAGAAACAGUGCUAAACUUGAACAGUGGUAAUACCUUUGUAGCAAAAUCAUGUUAAUGUAGAAAAGGAGAUUCUAUAUUUAAAGGACCAGUCCAACAUUUCAGCAAAUCUGCUGGUGGGUCUGGAGUUCCCAGAUUUGCUAAAAUCAGCUUUUAUCUUCAGGAUAUGUAAAAUAGGUUAGCACAAAGACUACACUGGAGUCAGAAAGGAAAUGUUAACAUGGUAACUAAGCUUCAAAACAGAAAAUAUUAAAAAGAGCUCCAAUUCCACAUCUGUCACAUUUUAUUUGUUUAUUAAAUACGCUUAUAAUAGAAGCUCAUAAUUCUUCUCAGAAUUUUCAGUUCUUGUUUCUCAAGAGGAGAUGCAAUCAUCUACAUUCUAGGUUGGCAUCAAGUGAAGAAUCAUCUCAGCCCUGUCAAAUCUGUCUUGCAUCUCUAGUUGUAGCGCAAGAGGGUGAAUAUCACGUUGACUCAAAGCCCCUACACUCUACAGUGAUAUCAUAUCAGUAUUUGUUGCACAUGCUUUACUUUAACCUUUAUGACUCAGAAUCCUAAAAUAAAUCAGAACCUUCAGAAGGUAGAAGGCUCAAAUAUUGGAUUUUGAUGUUGAGUGUUAAGAUUUCUAUCUUUAUCAAGUGUCUAAAGAGGUUCACUCAAAAAUUCAUUGUGGCAACAAUGUGAAGAUAAACCUGUAGACCUUUUGCUAUCGUAGCAGUUAUCUGAAAUGAUUUAUUGAAUAUUACUUACCUAUAUCUCUACAUUAGGUGGGACGAUAAACACCACCUUAAUCUCUUCAUCAGGUUGAAAUGCAUGAAUCUAAUACUUCAUUUCAGUGUAGGAAAACUUAUCUUUAAAUCAACAACAGUAUUUGAUCAGCUUUUCCUGGAGAUAAAUAUCAGCUGCUUGUUAUAUUAAUUGGAGACUGAGAAUACAGCUGAAAGUUCUAGUCUUGGGCUCUUGGGUGACCCGACCAUCUUCCUUCUGGCUCAAAGACUGGAUCGGACCUGAUUAGGUGUAAGGUCUGUAUCAAGCAGCUCUUUAUGUUUUCUAAAUGUUUAGAAUCAGAGUGUUUCCUGUAGUGGUGGACUCAAACCCUUAAAGUGUGUUAAUCAGCUUCUGAAUAGUAACCAGGCCCAGUGAUGGGCGUCAGUAUAUAAACAGCAUCAUACAAUCUAUAAUCAGAUCGUUUGAUCAAUAUUAUCUCUGAAGUGACCUGAUUAUGUCCUGGUGGAGUCCUGCAGAAUGUUUCUGUCUUUGUUUGUGUCCUUGUCACAUGGCCAUGGUGAUGAUGAUGAUGAUGAUGAUUAUGAUGAUGAUUAUGAUGAUGAUAAAGAUGUUUGAAGGUU